UUCCCCGAAAACGACUGUGCUGUGGUUCCGCGAUUUCGUUCGGCAAAAGUGUAUAAAAUGGUGCGAAAUAUGUAGCCAAAAUACCUGUAUUUUGUAGCACCGGUGCCCCGUUCGUGUUUGGAAAUGUUUGUGGCCCGGGCCCGGACCGUUUCGGGGUAAAAAUCGCAGUUGAAAAUUCGAGUGAAACCAGUGAAAAAAUCCCAAUCAACAAUGGCGGCGACCAUCUUCUUCUUGCCGUCGUCGUUUUCGUGGUUGUCGUUGCAGCACCACCAGCAGCAGCAGCAGCAGCAGUGGUCUCCCGUCGUCCAAAUCGAAGCAAAUGCUGAGCUCGCCAUGGUCAGCGGCUGUAGUUUGGAUUUCGGUGGUUGAAGUUGAUAGCUGCUGCCCGAAAACCGGAAACAACCAAUGUGUAUGGGAUUUUUUUUCGCGUCGAAAAAAAAAAUCGACAAAAUUGGUGGAAGAAUCGAUUGUGAGUGGGUUAACUAUAGUAGAAGACUUUGCAUACCUACCAGUGUAAGUACCGGAAGCCAGUGGGACUGAACCAACUGGGUAUCCGUACGUGAAGAAUGUGGUGAGCUAAAAAACAAAAUCGUGAAAAAAGUGUCAGUGAAAGAGAAAACUAGCUUUGUGCAACUGAAUCGUAUUUUGUUUACAUUCUGCCGUGAUCGUGAAAAGCCUUUAUUUUAUGUUCUGUUAUGCAAAAGGUGUUUGGGAGAAAGAGAAAGAGAGAAGCUGUAGAUAGGCAGCAAGAAGAUCGGUAUUUUUUUGGGUAGCAGGAACCAGAGUAUGGAUCCGGAGCAGAUAACGCUAGAUGAGGAUUAUGACGAUGGGUCUACUGAUGGAGGCUACGGAGAGUACGAUUUCAUGCAACAAGAUCAGGACGCACUAUCGGUCAGCACGACGCCGUUAGAUGCCAUUUUGGAUCCCACCACAACACCAAUCACUUGUCAGUCGUCACUGAUUGAAGAAUCUCUGGAGCUGCCGCUUCAGAUCACAGCUGGUAGCAGUAGCAGUAGCGGCACUCAGCAAAAGCAACAACAACAAUCCCAACAGGAGGCAUCCGUUCCGUUAGUCCGACCGAUAACUAUCCCUCUGACAGGCCGGUUCGGCCUUGGCGGGGGAAAACCUUCGGCCGCGGCGCUUCGUCGUGGUCCAGGUCGACCAAAGAGGGACUUUCUGCCGUUGUUGAAAAUGUCAACAAACCCGUCCGGUAGUGGUAACGGGAUCGGAGGAUCUCCGGUAACCUCUGGUCCCACGCUGAAAUUCAGCGGAGGUGUCCUAACCGGAACCAGCUUGGAAACGAAACUUAUCAAAAGAUUUAAGAAUACUAAUGUAGUUCGUGGUAGUAUUCCUAAAAGGAAAUCGGACACGACACUGUCCGGCCUGGGAGGCGAAGGAGGAGCCUCUUCUUCCGGUUUGACGUCGUUGUUACUGCCUUCCCCUGGCGAUGAGACACCAUCUGCCAGUACGGCAAACAGUUCGGUUGCGUCAACACCUACGGCCGAGAUGGAAAUCGAUCCGGCACUAUUGAUGCCUGCACCGGAAGAAUCACCGUACUUUCCGGAAAAGUACUCGGGUAAGAUGUGCGCCUUGUGUAAUCUGGGUGAGCGGAGUCAACUGGGACAGGGUGAGAUUUUACGGAUCGAAGUCAAGGACGAUGCGCAGCUGGCAGUAGCAGCGGCGGCUCUGCAGUCGCAGGAAGAUAAAGGUUCCCUGUCGAGUCCCGGCGCAAGUCCCAAAGCGGGUAAUGCCCUCGGAGUACCGCCACUGUUGAGCAGCAAUAAGCGACAGAAAGGAUUGAACAAGUGCAAGAAUCCAGUAAUCACGGCUGAAUACGUGGAUGAACUGGAGAAGAUUGGACAUUCCGAACCGACAGAAUUUACCAACAUCAAUGAUGGUGGAUAUUUCUACAUUCACCGAUCGUGUGCAAUCUGGUCGUUCGGUGUUGGUCGGGAUGCGAUAACCGGAACCUUGAGCAAUCUGGAAGUUGUGGUUGCGCAGAGCUUAAACAAAAAGUGCUACUUCUGCACGCGGUAUGGAGCUAGCUUAUCGUGCAAGAUGUCUUGCCCGAAAUCAUUCCACUUUCCGUGUAUCGCGGCAGCCGGUGGCUUCCAGGUGAUCCAAUCGUACAACUGCUUCUGCAAGGAACAUCUUGGACAAGUGCCUUUAGUAUGUACGGACGACAUAAACUGCCGACAGUGCUCUGGUUUGGGCGACGUCGGCAAUUUGAUGAUGUGUUCGAUCUGCGGUGAUCAUUACCACGGGAAGUGUGUUGGGAUGGCUCAGUUGCCUGGGGUGCGUGCUGGUUGGCAGUGUUCUUCGUGUAAAAAGUGCCAGAUUUGUCGUGUGCCUGAUUCUAGCGAGGGUCGAACCGUAGGUUGUGAGCAGUGUGAUAAAAUUUAUCACGCGAAUUGUUUGCGACCGGUUAUGACUUCGAUCCCAAAGUACGGGUGGAAGUGCAAAUGCUGUCGAGUGUGUUCGGACUGCGGAUCGAGAACGCCCGGAGCCGGAGCGUCAUCUCGGUGGCAUGCACACUAUACGGUCUGCGAUUCCUGUUAUCAACAAAGAAAUAAAGGUUUUUCGUGUCCGAUUUGUCAUCGAGCUUACAGGGCGGCGGCUCACAGGGAGAUGGUAAAGUGCAGUGGGUGCAACAAGUUUGUUCAUAGCACGUGUGAUCCGGAGGCAGAGUUAACUGUUUAUCAUGUCAAGAAGGAAAACAAUCCAGACUAUGAGUAUUUGUGCAGUCCUUGUAAGACGCAAAUCCAUACGGGAAGAAUAGCUGCCAUGCGGAGAAACAGCAGUAUCGACGAUGACAGCAUGUCUGCGUCUCAGGAAAGUUUGAACGACGACGCAAUGGACGUGGAUCUGGAGCCACGAGAAAGGAAUAUUUCAGGUGACAUUGGAUUGGGCAAAGGGAAGCCAUUUGUGGCUAGCAAAAUCGCAAAAAAGAGACUCGGACUUUCGUUGAGCGGAGGUCCUAGACCGAAAGGUACGGGGAAAGGCUUUCAGAAAAAGUCUCGAUUGGCUGACUUUAGCCGAAAACGUGGUCCCAAGGCUAAAAUGCGGGGAAUUUUUGGGGUGCCUGGAUUGGGACUGCAGCGACCAACUUCAGAUGUGUCCGCUAGUAAAGCUUCAGAAGAUGAACCGGGUGGCGACAAUCGGUUGGUGCUUUGCUCAGCCAAGGAUAAAUUCGUCUUGACGCAGGACAUUUGCGUAAUGUGUGGAGCUAUUGGAACCGACCAGGAAGGAUGCUUGAUAGCUUGCACACAAUGCGGCCAGUGCUAUCAUCCGUACUGUACCAAUGUGAAAGUGACAAAGGUUAUCCUGCAGAAAGGAUGGCGUUGUCUUGAUUGUACCAUCUGCGAAGGCUGUGGUCAACGGAACGAUGAAGCUCGAUUAAUCCUUUGCGACGAUUGUGACAUCUCCUAUCACAUAUACUGCAUGGAUCCUCCAUUGGAGCAAGUUCCGCAAGGAAAUUGGAAGUGCAAGUGGUGUGCCAUCUGCCUGAAAUGCGGUUCCAACGAUCCAGGGUACAACUGCAGCUGGCUGAAUAGCUACUCAGAGUGUGGUCCUUGUGCUAGUCAAGUAAAUUGCCCCAGUUGUGCGGAGGGAUAUGCCGAAGGAGAAUUGAUUAUCCAGUGUAACCAAUGUGAGCGGUGGUUACACUGUGGAUGUGAUCAGAUUAAAAAUGAAAAUGACGCAGAACGAUGUGCAGAGGAGGGAUACAAUUGCCUUCUCUGUCGACCAAUUGAUCUUCCUCCACCACAUUUGGUGCCCAAAAAGAAAGCCUUACCUGCACCCGUUUCUACUCCUAAAUCUACACCCAAGCCGGAAGAAAAGAUCAUUCCGUUAGCGCUGGAAGGAAACCACUACGUGGACGGAGUCUACCUUAGUGAGCAUGGUCUGCAUCAGAUAAAAUCUCUGCAAGCGGAAUUCGGUAAGCGUGGCAAGCGGAAACCGAAGAUUAUACUGGAACCUCCGUCCACGGAUAAAGAUGCAGGUAUUAUGGCGGCUAUCGAGUCUGUCGUUGCUGGUAGCAGUCUGGACAAUUCGUUUGACGAUGUUAAAGUUGAACCAUUGGAUCCCAAAGAGGAAGCCGAAAUCUACAAAGACGGCAUGGUAUGGAAUGACCCAACACCACCUGAGGGAUUCGCCUUAUGUACCAACGAGGGUGUUGUGGUUUUGAGGAAAAAGCGCCAAAGAAAUCUGCAAAAACUAGGCAUUGGAGGUUUUUUUGUGCGGAAUCGAACCGUACGAACGAAAGAUGGAAAGGACGACGAGGAAGCUGUCGAAGGACUGAUUCCUCAGCUCGGAGAUGAAGGUGCUCCAGAGGUUAAACCUAAGAAGAAACAGAUUCGACGCAAACAGAAGAAUAAGUUGAUUGAAAUUUAUCCCACCAUUCUUCAGGAUGCUUUCUUCGGGCGACCUUUGCUUAGCUCCAAUGCUCCCCCGGUAAAAUUCGAAGCGCAUGUAAGUGAUGACGAAGUGAAGAGCGAUGUUUCCGAAGAUAAAACCAUCAAACUGUCUGCUGACGAAUUGAAGUAUGUACAAGAGAUGAAAAUUAAAGAGGAGCAUAAACUACUGGAGGAACAGAAAGCUCUACAACAGAGUUUAGAACAGACUCAGUCCCAGGAGACCAAAGCGGCACUGUCUACAGCUGCGUCAGGUGAAUCAUCCGAAGAUAAUGGAACGGGAGCAAUCAAAACUGAAGAAGACGAUAACAGUGAUACGGAGGCACUCAAGGAUCUUGAUUUCCCACAUGAUUUAAUCGAAGAAGAUUUCGUGAAUACAAUAAUAAACGACGACACACUGACAAAACUGACGGAUGACGGUGAGCUUCAAAGUAUGACAAAGUCGUCCAAGAACGAGCUGGCCGAUAUCUUAAGUCCGGAUUUCAAUUUGGAUAAUUUGGGAAUGGAUUGCAAAGACGUCGAAGAGAUCUUCAAAAACGUACUGACGGAUGAAUCGCAGGAAUCUCAGGAAUCUAUGUUCGCCAACUCGAUGACUCCGUACACGUCGAAUACAUCGACGCCUUCACACAGUAUCGACGUGACGAAGAAGUCUGCACCUCAGAGAUACAUCAACGCUGCCACCAUGGGAUUACAACAGCUUCCUCAACCUAUGCAACAACAGCAAUCCCAACAGCCUCCCACACCGACUAGCCUACCUAUAAUGGCGGAUCCCACGCUGCAGGUCAACCUGGGAAUGCAAUCGCCGCAGACUCCUUUGAUGAAUCAAAUGGGUAUGCAGUCGCCUCACAUCCAUCAGUCACCUCAAGACCAACCAAUGGGUUCAAAUAUGAUGAUUCAACAACCAUCGCCACUCCAGCAGCAACCGGGCACUCCCGGUACGCCUAUUCAGUCUCUUUCGGCACCGACAACUCCGCAGCCUCAUUUACCGAUGAUUCCACCCCAGCAGCUGCAACCGCCACCAGGGGUUCAACUUCAGCAACCCCAACAAACAAUGAUUCUAAACCCUCAGCAGCAGCAGCAGCAGCAGGUCCAACAGCAGCAGCUAAACCGAGGGUAUUACUCUAACAAUUUCCUUCCACAAAGGAAUCAAUUCAGUAUGGGUGAUCCAAUGCAGCAGCAGUUGCCGCCGCAGCAGCCGAUCGUUACUCAACAGGUCAUUCCAGGGGGACUUCCCUCGCAGCUGCUGCAGCAAUCUCCUCAGGUCCCUACUCCAGGAUCGGGACAAGCGCAAUGGGCUCCUACUGGGCAACCGAUGCAAAGCACUGGCAUGCCGAUGGUGUCCACUGGUCCUGUUAUUCCGUCGAUAGGCCCCGGACCGAGCGGAGUUGAAAUGGGCGCCAACAUGGGUCCUAUUGACGACGGAAUCGGAGUCCUGUCUGGCGCAUCUGCUGCACAGAAAAUGUCCGAACGCAUGCGUUUGGAUGAACCUCUGGGAGAACUGGCAACGAUUUCGUCUGUCCUGUACUGCAAUACUCAACAUCCGGAACUCAAAAUUGAGUAUCCGAACUGGAGUGAUCGGUGCAAGCAGAUCUUCAAACGCUGGCGCCUGUUGUCCACCGAACAGAAGCAGCCCUACCUGCAGCAGGCUCGGGACAAUCGCUCCGCCAUCCGCAUGAAGAAAUCCCAACAGGUACCACAAAUGUCACCUAAAGACGGCAAUAGUAAUAGUUCAGGUCAAGUGAAUGUAGUUCCAUCACCUUCCUCAUCUUCAUCAUCACAACCACCAUCAUCCGUCGUCGUACAGCAGGGUGGUGUGGCUGCUGACUCCGCCGCACUCCUGGUCGGUACUACCGAUCCUUCGCAAUUGAUGACCACGAAUCCGCAGCAGCAGCAGCAGCAGCAACAACAACAGCAUCAACAUCAACACCUGCAGCUUCAAGCCCAGAUGCAACUGCAGCAGCAACAGCAAGUCCUAAAACCACUUCAGCACCAUCAGCAGCAGCUAAUCGAGGAUCAAGAUAAGAUUAACUCUCAGCAGAAGAGUAUGCGAGAAGCGGAGCAGGAGCGGCAGUGGAAGCAGCUGCAGCAGCAACGUGCUCGCGAGCAGCAAACCCAGCAGCAUUUGAUGAUUCAAGAUCCCACGAUGCAGCUGCAGGUGACCACCGAUGUUACUGCCAUGGGUCCGAUAGCAAGUCCAUCGCCCACAUCUCGUAACCAGUUCGUUUCUCCGGUCAACAAAAGUCGGAUGGUUCCACUUGGACAAAAUACACCGUCAAGUCCGGUUUCCAACUUCCAGCAUCCGGGGAUGCCCGGUCGUCCAAUGUCGGUUUCUUUGCAGCAGCAGCAGCAGCAACAGCGUCAACUUCCCGGGCAGCAACGACUCAAUCAGAGCCCAUUCUCUCCUCAGUCUCAACCUCCGCAAUCGCCACACGAUAUGCUACCAGGUUCACCGGCCAGUCAAUCCGGCCUUGAUCCAUUUGCCAGACCACCUUCCGAAGGCGUACAGGAUAGUUACAUGCAUCAUUCUCCACAAACACCGCGGUCGGUCGGUCACCAGAGUCCUAUUCAGACACCAAAUCGAAGUCCAGCCUAUUCCGGUCAACCAAUGCCUAACACUCAGAAUGCAAUGAGAAUCAAUCUGGAUACACCGUACGCACAGGCUCCUGGAACUCCUAGGCCUCAAUUUUCCGGAAAUUCAGGCCGACAGACAGUCUACGCUAGACCCGGUGACCUGUUCGGUCCUGUUCCGAAUUCUCCAUUCACAUCUCCUCGCUCGGAUGGUUUCAAUCAACCUGUAAUCCAGGAAGGCAACCGCCAGUUGCGAGAUCUUCUGCAGCGACAACAAUUGCCAACUACCGGUCUAGGUCAAGUGAUGGUGCAACCUCAGCAACCAACCUUGCAAUCACCGCAACCCAUGCAACCUCAGUCUCCAUUCAUGGAAGAUCCACAAUCUGCAGGACAGCUACAACAAACACAGCAACAGCAGCAGCAGCAACAACAACAACAGCAGCAGCAGCAGCAGAUACCUCAGCAUCAACAAUUGCCUAAUCCUCAAAUGCAACCAGCACCUAUGGACAACGUUACCUUCAGGCAACCUUUGCCUCCCAACAUGAUGCCUCGGCCUCGGUUGCAAAUGCCGGCAAGUGGAAUUCGGCAGCAGGGUCCCAAUAUGGUGCCAGGACCUGGUGGUCCUGGUAUCCGGCAGCAGAUUGUCCGAACUGCUGCAGGCGGUCAAAUGUUGAUUACUCAACAGUUGCAGCAGCAGCAGAUGCUGCGACAACGCAUGCAGUUACCUAAUCGUCCCGAUGGACCUUUUAUUGGGCAACUGCAAUCUGGAGGGCACAUCCAAUCACUCGGACAGCAACAAAUUGGACAAAUGUCGGGUUCAUUGACUUCUCAAACGGAUCAGCAAAAUAUUGCAUUGCUAGCACAGAGGUUGGCCGGCGAAGGUGAUGCACAUGUUCCUUCAUCGAAUGCUGCUCCGGCCAGUUCGACAGCCAUUACACAUGGUGGAGCGAAUCCGGCGCAGACAUCUGCUCCAUCGCAGCCGGCAAGUGGUGGAGAGGGAGCUUCCGAGAUACCGGAUAGCGUUUCGGCUGAGCUGGAAAAACUCGAGCAGGAGGACAAUACCGGAAUCGGUGAGGUGGAGGGCGUUGGAGAUAUACUUGGUGGGUUGGGGGAUGACGACGACGAACUGCUAGAUUCCUUGACGGCUGAGAUGGGCGCAGAUUUCAAUAUUUUGGAAUAUGCCGAUCCGGAACUGGAUACGACGGAUGGCGAGAAGUCCAAUUUGCUGGACAGUUUGGAAUUGGACGAACCGGAGGGGGAUAAAUCGGAGGACAAAGCGAAAGCAGGUCCAUCUGGAGAUCCGAGCAAACCGGAAGCUGAUGAGAAGACUGAUGAUUCCAAAGCGGUACGAUCCACGACGGUGGUGCAGUCCACUGUAAUGACGGCGUCUACUUCGGUGGUUACUCAACAGCAGCUAUCAACAGGGGUUAUGGUGCAAAGUCAACAGCAGCAGCAGCAGAUGAUGCAAACUCAACAAAUGCAAACAAUGCAGCAACAAUUACCACCUCAUCAUCAGCAACAACAGCAGUCGCAAGUGAUGGGACAACAACAACAACCCACACAGCUUCAGCAGUUGAUUGGCAGUGGUCAACCGAUGGGUCCACAACCCCAAGGUCCACCUCAGCAACUUCAACAGCAACUGCUUGCUGGGCAAAUGAAGACAAUACGACAAAACAUGCUGACACCGGCGCAUCUUCAACAAAUUCAGCAACAAAUGCAACACCAGGUUCAACAGGCUGCAGCAAUGGGAAAGCCAAUGCCCGUUGGAACGCAGUUGCUAUCGAAAGAAGGUGCUGUCGGGGUAGUUACUGCUAAUAAUACUGUUUCCGUGCGCGUUUCAACAGGUUUGUUGAAUCAAUCGCGGAUCCAGCAGCUGAAGAUUGGUCAUCCGGGUGGAAUAGUUCAGCAGAAUUUGAUUCAAGGUCAACAGCAGACCCGGAUUGUCCAACAGAUUCAAGGUAAUCGAAUCAUUCAAACGGUUGCCAAUCCAAACCAGCCGGGACAACCGCUCGGUGCGGGCCAAUCGGUGCUGCAUCAGCAGCUGCAGCAACCGAGCCAACCUGGCGCUGUACCGGUAGCUAGUGUACCAGGUCAGCCACAGCCUCCCCCACCGCCCUAUCCGGAACCACCGCCACCGUAUCCGGGAAGUCAACCUGGUGCCAUGCCGGGUGCUCCUGCAGUCAAUCAGGAGCAAAGACUACUUUUGGAAGACCUGUUGGAGCAGGAGAAACGCGAACAAGCUGGCCAACUGGCGGCGGCGGCCAACGAUAUAAGCAAUUCGAACAUGCCACCGAACAUGUUGUGUGAACAGGACUUUGAAAACCUCCUGAAUAAUCAACAACAGCAACAACAGCAACAGCAGCAACAACAACAGCAGCCAGGUAUGCGAGUAUUGCAGCAAAACAUUCAUCCAGGUCAACCGGGCGGUCAGUUGCCACCACAAAUGCAACAGCAGCAACCACCUAUGCCGCAGCAGGGUCUUCAUCAACAACCGGGGCAAAUCCAAUCCCCGGUUGGAGCUGGUCCUGGUGGUGGUCAGUUUAUUAUGCAGCAGCAUCGCAUUUCGACACCGCAAUGGCGUCCGCAAACUCCAGUUCCCGGAGGAGCUGUUGCCAAUCUGAUAAAUCCACUGAACAAAGCAGCUGGCCCAAGCGGAACUCAGCCAAUCGCACAGCCACCGAUGGAACACACCCACAAGCCCAUACAGCUAUACCAAGCAAAUCUACAACCGGCUCCUCCGGUUCCACCGGAGAAUAUCACAAACGAUCAAGAGCGGCAAACACAGAUCAACUAUGAGAAUUGGAUGAACCAGCAAAAUAUGGCUCUCACCAAUCAGUUGAAGCAUUAUGAGACGGAAAUUGGAAAACUGCGUAAGGUGAAAAAGCAGCUGAACACUAAGCAGCGUCAGUUGAAAAAAUCUGGAAAUGAACUAUCCGAACCGGAUGCGAAGGAAUUGACGCAAGUAACCUCCGAUCAUGCAGUCAUCCAGAAACAGCUGGAUAAUGCAAGAAAACAGCAACGUCAGCAUACGGUGCUUAUACAGGAGUAUAAGACGAAGCAACAAGCCAAAAUGCAAGCAAAUAUGCCAACUGCGCCCGGAAGCUCUCCGGCACAUAUAGCUCCACCGUCACCUCUCAUGUCACCAUCGCCGAGUUCGCAACAGAACAUGAUUCACCAACCUCCGGCUCAGUCGCCUUUGAAUAACCCAAUUUUGCAACCCAACCAAAGUCCAAUGCAUUCGCCUGGUCCACUAAUGUCUCAAAGUCCUGGACCAGCGAGUGUGAACUCAAUAAUGCAAAGUCCGAGUCACCAUACCAAUUCGAAUAGUGCUAUGUCUCCGUACAAUACCAUGCAGCAAUCGCCCCGAAUCGGUACGCCACAUUCACAAGCGGCUGAUGAUAAUCCUUUCAGCCCCGGACCAUCGCCGUCUCCAUCCAUACCGGGAAGAUUGACGUCACCGGCACCGAGAAUGACCUCACCGCAACAUCGGAUAUCCGGGCAGCAAAUGCCACCGGGCAGAAUGGUGACCAGUCCAGGUGCACAGUAUGCUCAGCAGAACAUCAUUGUGCAGAAUCAGAUGAUGGGUCAACAACAGACACGAUUCGUUAGGCCACAAAUUAUUCCAAAUGAUCCGAAUGUUAGAAUGCGUGUUGCGAAUUCGCUGCAACAGCAGCAGCAGCAGCAUCAACAACAACAACAACAACAACAACAGCAGCAACAGCAACAGCAACUGAUACAACCAAAUCCCAACAUUAGGCAAAUGCAACCUGGUUAUACCUCACCACUUGGUAGUCCACAGCCGAUAAUGUCUCCUGGAACUCCACAACAACAGCAACAGCAGCAGCAACAACAACAACAACAACAACAGCAUCAGCAGCAGCAACUUCAUCAACAACAGUUAAUGCAGCAGCGGAUGCAGCAGUUCCAACGACAACAAAUAUUGCAGCAACAAUUACAACAACAACAACAACAACAACAACAACAACAACAGCAACAGCAACAGCAACAACAGCAGCAACAACAACAACAUCAACAACAACAGCAACAACCUCAGCAACAUUCGCAAAUGAUGCAACAGCAUCAGAUGCCCCAGCAAAUACAAAUGCAACAUCAGCAGCAGCAGCAACACAUUCAGCAUCAACUGAACCAGAUGCAGCAGCAAAACCAACAGCAGACCAACUAUGCCAAGCAAAGUCCCGUCCAUCAACAACCUCCGUCACCAUUAUUGAGCCAAGGCGGUAGAACAACGCCAUCGUCUUCGCCUAUGCCCCAGAGCCCAAUGUUGUACUAUCAGCAGCAGCAGCAGCAGCAACAACAACAACAACCACAACAACAACCGCAACAACCACAACCACAACAGCAUCAACAACAACCGCAGCAGCAACAGCAAAUGAUGCGACGACCACCCAGUGCCGGAUCUCAGGGUGUCGGGCCUAGUCCCGGUCAAUUCAUGCAGCAAGAUUCCAUGGAAGGAUCUAUGAAUGUCCCGGCUAAUGUUGCUAGCAGUAGCACUGGUAGUGGAGGUGGUGGAGGAGGCAUCAAUCAUCCUUCGAACCCGAUUCCUAUCAUGCCUUGCUUUGGGAAGUACGGUUUCAUCAAACUGGGACUCCGUGGAGGAUCACCGAUGUGGGGUAAUGCCAGGGGUAAUCCAAGCAAGGGUCCUCAUCCGAUGGGACAUCUGCAGCAACAGCUGCAAGGUGGAAGUAAACCUCCGGGUCAGCAGGCGGCAGGACCGUCUGCAGGACAACCGGGACCGUCACAACAACAUUUGGAUGCGGCGGCGAAAAAGGCACCUGCUACAAUGAUGCGCAAUAGGUUAACGAUUGUGCAGAAAACCAACCAACCACCUGUAGGUAGUUCGGAGGAAGUAGUUGUGAUUGACAGUAGUCCGGAUGAGAAACAGAGAAUGAUGGACUAUGAUGACGAGACGGACAAGCUCGGAUUGGUGGCGUCGGAAGUGUCUUUGAGUUCGGUUGCUCAGCCAGCUGCCGAAGGAGAUGACAUAAUGGAAUCGUUCGCUCACAGCGGAUAUGAAAUCGGGGCCAGUCCGUUGGGAGCGCAAAUUGAAGGCGGGGAAUAUGAGCUUUUCGGGCAAGAUGUUGUCGCGGAUGGCAAUAAGGAUGGAGACAAGAGCGUGGGUGUUGAAAUUAUCAAGACUACAAUUAUGAAAGAGGGAGACCAUUCGAAUAGCGGUGUGGUCAUUAUAGAAAGUGGAGAGAGAGUAGUUCAAAGUAAUGAACGAAACAUUGCUACCACGGAGGAUUUUGAAGCUAUGAUUGACAGUCGACCCAAGGAUGCUGAUGGCAAGCAAGACGACGACAUCAAAGAACUGACAAGCGAAGAAGCAAUGAAGGCUGGUAUGAAAACACCUACCAAAGAUACUACAGUAAUAUCCGUAGGACUCCAGCAGAGUCCGAAACCCAUUACCUACCCGGGACGAAUCGCUAUCCAGAAAACGUUGCUCCAAAAUCGACCUUCAAUGGGGACAGCAGUGUCGGCAGCUCACAAGAAGCUAGUGAAGGACGCAACAGAGACGACUGCCAAGCUUUCGAUUGGAAACACUACCAUUUCCGUUCCGAUACUGAAAAGUAACAUAUCAAAGAAUCCGUCAGGAACGGUCAUCUCUGUCGCAGGUCAGAAGAUCAACACCACCAGUAUGGUGACCCUUUCAUCGUUGAAUCUGAACCACUCGUCCUUCAUAACAAAGACCUUUAAAAGGACACAAGGUCCCAAUACUCCUCAUCAGCAGCAUGUCCAUCCUCAAACGACUUCACAAAUCAAAAUUCAACACAUUCAGCCAACAUCAGGUCAAGGACCAAGCGUAACGGCUCAAUCCCACCCAUCUACGAUCCAGGCAACUUCAAUGGAUAAUCUGAUUGUGAAAGCGAAACCCAAAGCUCCAUCGCCAAGCAUGAGCUAUGCCAAGCUAUCUUCACUGACGGUAACACAGGAUACAUCGUUACCGACGAAAAUCUUCGAAGAUGACUCAAUAUCUCCGGACAGUUCCAUUGGACAGGAAGAUGCAGAUCAACUCGGAAUGGACAAGGUUGAAUCUGUUGCCAUGGAUGAAGCGUCCCGUGCAGAUGGCUCGACUGUUGAAGUAGAUAGCCAUCCGAUGGCUCCCCAUGAAGGGUCAAACGAUUCACAUUCCGGCGAAAUAAAGAAGCAUAGUGUCAUUCCUGUUCAUGUAAUUUCAAAAUCACGGGAAAAUUCUAAAAGUCCAAUUCUGGGUCCGGCAGGUCAGCGGUUAGUUAUGCCGCAACUAUCACCACUAUCUCAACCAAACGAGCUGACCAUGAAUGCCAUGAACGUUUCCCAACAGGUGCGCUCGAUCAUGUCGUCGAUCAAUUCGAGUAUUGCUCCGCCGGGAUCUUCGAUCAAGACGGAAGCCAGUGGAACGGUGAUCACUACAACUCCAGCUACUUCUGCGAGCACAAUAUCGACCAUAACCUUCGACACCGUAAUACCGUCGAAGGGCGAUAACAUGAGCAAACCGGAAACGAUUGCAAGCAUCUUGAAGACCGUAUCCGGUAAGAGUAUUCUCCCGGCGGCAGCCGUAGCGAAUGCAUCCAGUGCGAACAAAUCUGAUCAAGCACAAUCCAGCUCGGUUGCGACUUCGAUCUCAUCGAUACCGGGAACGAAACUCUUGAAUCAACAGUUACAGAUCGGAAGGGUUUCACCGGCUAUUCCUCCCGGAGGGAGUAACAUCUUGGUGGUGAAACAGGUGCGAGCCCCCCUACAGAAGCAGAUCAGUCAUGCUCAAGCACAGAAACAACAGAUGGUAGUGCUGCAGCAGCAACAAGUCAUGAAAAUACAGCAACAAAAUCAACAACAGUUACAACAACAUUUACAACAGCAACAUCAGCAGCAGCAACAGCAACUCCAACAGCAAGCUGCUCAUCAGGCGGGAGUGAUUAUUCAAGGUCAGGCUCGGAUUCAAGCGGUAGAAAUCCCAAAGAGCAGCGUAGACAAUAGCAGUACCAGCAGUAUAGCUAGCAUUCUGAGCAGUACACUUCAGCAACCGCAAACCAGGAUCGUGAACUUUAGCGAGCUGUCGACGAACACUAGUCAACCACCGGGAUUGGUUGUAACGUCCCGACCGGGUGUAAUCUCUACGCCUGGAACUGGUGUUCAGCUUACCAGUAGUAGUAGUUCUGGAACUACCUCAGCGACCACGACCAGUAUCCUAAGUGCAACCUUGUCUCAACCUAUGCAGUCAAUGAAGAUGAGCUCACCGACGAUUUCUACGCUUCUACAGAACCAACUACAAGGUUCAUCGUUCCGUCGAUCGAAAUCAACCGACGAAGUGCCUGCUGGGUUCCCACGAGAACCAUCUGGUCAAACCGUGAGCAAACGCCUCAGUCUAGAAGCAUCGAAUACGGUCAAAAGUGAACCCAUGGAUAAUACGGAUGACAACAACGUGUCUUCUACUUCUUCUGUGAGUUCAACGACAGGCCAGGGAAGUGGUUGUAAGUUCUCCAACAUGUCCACACCUUCCGGCAUGAAGUUGGAGUCCGACAGUCAAAACGUUCUGUUGAAGCAACUCCUUCAAAACACCGGAUCUAGUUCUACUCCUUCUCCAACACCUCCAUCGAUGACUCGUCAAGUUCCGAGUUUGAUAACGAAUCAACGAGCUCCGAGUUUAGGUGUUGUGAGUUCGCUGGAAGCUCAACUAGCGCGACCUGUCAUUCCACCGUCCGCCAACCCUCCGGCAAUACAGAUCAUCAGCACUCAAGCGGUGACGAUGCCUACGGCCAGUGCCACUACCACCAGCACGACAUCCGAACCGCAUAAGGUUACCACAACAAAAUUGGUAUCUCGAGAGACCUCGUUCGUAUCGAAACCAUCCUCGGUUUCCAUUUCCGCCAGCCAUCCAACGCCGAACUUGGCCGCCAACAUGUUGGCAGCCAGUAUGAAGAAAGAGGAAAUGAUGCAGGCUGCUGCGGCUUCCGCUGCAGCUGCAGCGUGUCCCGCACCUCAACCCAUUACCGUCCAAAGUACGGUCAAGACCGAAUCCGGACAAAUGACCGUCACACAAAUCACGCACCCAGUCAUCCAGCAACAGCAGCUACCACAACAGCUGCUGCAGCACCAGCAGCUGCAGCAACAUCAGCAACAUAUGCAACAACAUCAGCAGCAUUUGCACCAACAGCAACAACAACAACAACAACUGCAACAACAGCAAACGAUUCAGUUACCUGUAUCUUCGGCUGAAAUGUCUAAUAUGGCCAGCUUCAUCAAACGAGAACCCACGCCGAUUCAAACAAUGCAGAUGAAACCUCCAGAGCAUCAGCAGCAGCAGCAGCAGCAGCAGCAACUCAAUCAGUAUUCAUUCCAUCCAUCUCAACAGAUGUCCCGAACACCAACGCCGGUAGAAGUCAAGAAGGAAUUCCCCGAUGAGCUUAUGUCCGGCCCUUCACCGGUUUUCCCCUCACCGGUACCGACACCCACCGAUUCGGUAAAACAGGAAUUUGUGCAAACUCAAAACAAAGAGGAACCCAUGGAUCAACCAUCGACGGAAGCCGCUGCUAAAACUGCCGCCGAAAUUGCUCACGAGCUGAAGAAGAAGAAACGACGAGAGUACCAGAAAAAUCGACGCCAACAGCAGAUCCAGUCCAACAAGGAGCAGCACCAGUCGAAGAAGAAGCCACGGAAAUCCACUAAACUUGAGGAGGACUACGAUACUUACAUUGACAACCUGAUGCUACAGCUGAGACAGUUACCUCCUAUGCAGAUCCUUGAACCUUUACUUCCCAGGAACUACGGCAUUUGCCAGCUGUUCGGGACGGGUGAUCUAAGUAAAUUCUCUGGCACGAAAAACUAUCCGAUUACAAAUGGAGAUCUUACGGGGACUUAUGGUCAUGCACAGAUCCCGAACGUAGCCGACUUUUACAAUACGAAACCAUUUGGAGUAAAAAUUCCUCCACCGGAAACGGUCCCACCAUCGACGCAGCGUGGCUUCUACGAUCAGGAAUUCCCACCGAUAAAGUUUGAGAUCGAGGAUCGUUAUCGGUACGAUUUCGUGAAAGAACGAGAUCUGGACUCACCGGAUACUAUUGUAAGCACAUCCAGCCCGGAAUGCGUCCGAUGGGAGUCUCCAAUUCACUUCCCUGGAUUGCGAGUCAUAAAGGAGGAGAGUAACGAAGACGAGCAGACCAUGGUCUACAAACGGAUGUCACCGAUCGUCCCGAUUGUCGCUCCGAUUCCGAUCAGGCUGAAAAAGGGUAUUUCGCUGUCGGCGGAUAAAUCCUUGAGUUUGGUUGUUCCUGGAAGCAACAAGGAGAACGAAGGAAUCAGAGAACCACUUGGAAUCAAAUCGAGAUUCGGGCCACCAACGCCACUGAAGGAUUCCAGUAACGUUACAGUCACUCUAACCUUGACAUCGUCCGCGGCGGAAGACAUAAUUGGAGUGCUCCGAGAUCUUGCCAAUAUCCUGGAGAUUCCACCUCCAAUGGCGUACCAGAUUGUUGAACGGACUACUACUCCACCUAGUCAAAAGCUUGGGCUGUACAGGACCAAGGGUCGUGAUGGCAAAGAAGGAGCUCCGAUCGAUAUCCAAACUAUUCUGAACGGGGCAGCCAAGUUCUGCCGACAUUGCGACGUUGUGAUCCUGAAUACACUGAUCACGGCGAAACCAUCGGAAUUUCCGUUGCUUGGUAAUCAUGUCAAUCAGGAACUGGAAUCGGAGGAGCUGUACUUCUGCAGCAAGGCUUGCUACCGGCAGUUCCAGUGGAGGCCAACAAAUAUCCUCGAGGAUAAACUGGUUGGUGGGGACAUAAGCAAACUCCGGGAGAACUUGGCAUCCAAGUUUGACCUGGACCUGGACGAGAAUCUCAGCAUGGGUGCGAUGGACAUAAAACAGGAGCUGAAUGAAGACGGUGAUGUCAGUAUGGCUAGUAUCCGGUCGUCGGAUAGCAAGGAUUCUUCGAUGAACGAUCGUAAAAAGAAGCUAGACGAGGCGGAUAAGGAAACCGGACCACCGAUGAAGCAACUGAAAGGAGUCAAGUACAAAUUAUUCGCAUCUAAUUGCUUCCCAGUGCAAAAAUAUAAGAAGCCUACGGAGAAGGAAAUCACUGAGAUGCUGUUCCGGAUGAACAUCACCGUAACGCCGACUCCGAAAAUGCCGGAUGAUACGAGGCGUUGCAUAUUCUGUCACACCAUCGGUGACGGUGUGGCGGAUGGACCUUCGCGGCUGUUGAAUUUCGAUGUUGACAAGUGGGUUCAUUUGAACUGUGCUCUCUGGUCUGAUGGUGUCUACGAAACCGUGAACGGUGCAUUGAUGAACCUGGAAAACGCGCUUCAGCAGAGUCUCAGCUUGGUGUGUACGUUCUGUAAUAAUCUUGGUGCCACGAUCAAGUGCUUCAAGACACGCUGUGCCAAUGUGUAUCAUUUGAGCUGUGCCAUGAAGGAUAGCUGCGUGUUCUACAAGAAUAAAACGACCAUGUGUCAGUCACAUGCACCAAAGACCGAGAAGGAUUCGGAACUGACGACGCUCAGCGUUCAGCGGCGUGUAUACGUGGACCGGGACGAGAGCCGACAAGUGGCGUCCGUGAUGCACCACUCAGAGUCAAACAACCUGCUGCGGGUGGGAAGUUUGAUUUUCUUAAGCGUCGGCCAGUUGCUGCCUCAUCAGUUGCAGAAUUUCCACACACCGAAUUAUAUCUAUCCGAUUGGAUAUAAAAUUAUGCGUUUCUACUGGUCGAUGCGACGACCGAACAAACGCUGCCGCUACGUGUGCUCCAUUGCGGACGUAUGCGGUCGACCGGAGUUCCGGGUUCUGGUUCAGGAGUCAACCGAAGAAGACAUCGAACUGCGUGACAUCACUCCGAAGGCUGUUUGGCAGCGAAUACUGGAACCGAUGGCUACCCUGCGGAAGGAUUGCCACAUAGUGCAGCUCUUCCCGAAGUACGUCACCGGAGAAGAUCUUUUCGGUUUGACCGAACCGGCCGUGGUUCGCAUUCUGGAAAGUCUUCCCGGUAUCGAAACGUUAACCGACUAUCGGUUCAAGUAUGGUAGAAAUCCGCUGCUGGAGCUGCCCUUGGCAAUCAAUCCUUCCGGAGCGGCUCGAACGGAACCAAAAUUGAAACAUUCGCUGUCGUGGAAGAAGCCACACACCCAGCGGACGGGUUCGGUCAGCCAGCGACCAACUUUCGUUCCGACUAGCUCGCCUGCCGGAGAGGUUGCCUGUCCCUACAGCAAACAGUUUGUACAUUCCAAGAGUUCACAGUAUAAGAAGAUGAAGCUAGAGUGGCGCAACAAUGUAUUCCUGGCACGGUCCAAGAUCCAAGGUCUGGGUCUGUACGCGGCGCGGGAUCUCGAGAAGCACACGAUGGUGAUCGAAUACAUCGGAGAAGUCAUCCGUACGGAGGUCUCCGAGUUGCGUGAGAAGCAAUAUGAGGCACGGAACCGUGGUAUCUACAUGUUCCGUUUGGACGAGGAACGUGUAGUGGAUGCGACGCUGUCAGGGGGUCUGGCUCGUUACAUCAACCAUUCGUGCAAUCCGAACUGCGUCACCGAGACCGUCGAAGUGGAACGAGAGUUGCGCAUCAUCAUCUUUGCCAAGCGCCGUAUCAACCGUGGUGAGGAAUUGUCGUAUGACUACAAAUUCGACAUUGAAGACGACGCACACAAGAUUUCCUGUAUGUGCGGUGCCCCCAACUGCAAGAAAUGGAUGAACUAAAAACAAGGGCCGUAGCAAAGUGGGGCUAUUUAUACAGUUUGGUGUACUAUUUGUUUAUUUUCUAGAAUAUGUGUAAGUUGGUUAGGAGAGCAGAUUUAAUUGUAUAGUUGUUUAGUAUUCUCAAUGUUUUUUUUUUCUAAAAAAAAAUUAGGAAGCAUAGUUUUUAGGAUCUAAAGUCGGUUUCUCACCCCCACUGCUAUGAUAUGACACACGCAAAUUAACAAAACGAGCUAGUCUUAAGCGAGGAACAACAGUGUUUUAGACCAGGAAUAUUGAUAUAAUUAUGUGUUUAGUGAGCAAGAUGUAACUAGCAUUGAUUUAAUAGUGUUUUCCAUAAUCGGUUACCUUCUAGCUGCUUCUAUUUUUCUUUUUUCUCCUGUUGUAGUGAGACUGUAAUAAUAAUGUCCUUCAUUUAGUAGAUUGCUUUAGCUAAAAGCACCCUAGCAACAAACGAGAGCGGGACGGUAAAUCCAAACUUGGAUCAAAAUAAUAGGUUUUGUAGAAGAUUAAGUAGUAAAAAAAGUGUAGAUCAGCACUGGUAGAUAGACAGAGAUUAUUUCCAAUUCGAAAUAAGUCACACAAACGGAUAAAAUCUGGGAUUAAGGCAAACAGUUAUUAGAAUAUAUACCUAGGAGCGUGAGACACAAAAAGUACUUGGAACAAUAAUAAGUAAACACUAGCUGAGGAAAAUCAAAGAAACAAAAUUAGAAUCACCUCCAUAGUGGACACACACACAGAACACACAUCCAUAUAUUUUCAGACGAUUGUUUUGCAAUAUAUAUAUAUUUUGUAUACUAUCAUGAAUGUUAACUAGGAGCAAAUCUUCUCUCAAUUGAUUGAGAUCGGAAACACGUAGAUCCUGGUGUGUUAGUCGCGGGAGAUGUAAUUAUUAUUGAUUGUCUGAACACAAUGGAGUUAUGAUUAUGCAAGUGCGCGUAGCAAUAUACAAGCAACUCUGUGUUGUUAAAAGAAGGAUACAAAUUACGGCAAAUGCUAAGUGUAGACAUAUUUGUAAUAUAUAAGCUUAAAAAUGGCACGAGAUAAUAGAGCAGAGGAAAAUUUAAA